CGCCUUGUUCCUCGCUCUCGGCGGCUAAAAAUGGCCGCGCCGGGUGCACUACUUGAACGCGGCCCGGCCACCCCCGGAGAGUCCCGCAAGCUAGCUGAGCUCCUCGGGAUCCGGUGCCAGGCCCUCGCCCUCACGCGGCGGUGCUCCCUCUCUUCGUCCCCCAGCGACGCGCGCAGCAGCGACGCAGGCAGGCGGCAUGAAGGGGGGCGGUGCCAUGAAGCCGUCGUCCAUGUUCUACGUCCACGAGGCGGACGUCGUCCAGAUCCACCAUUUCCUCGAGGAGUGCUCCCUCUGCGCCAAGUCGCUCUCCGGCGACAUCUUCAUGUACAGAGGUGACACGCCGUUCUGCAGCGAGGAGUGCAGGCAGCAGCAGAUCGAGGUGGACAGGGCGAAGCACCGGCGGAAGAAGCGCGCGGCGGCGCACGCGCUGACCGCACGCAGCAGGGAGCACCGGCACCACCACCACCACCAUCACCACCAUCACCAUCAGCAACCGCAGCCGCGGAAGGCCGGCAUGGACGCCAACCACCACCCGUGGGUCGACGCCGGGUUCGCGAGGGCGCCCGCGCUGCGCGUCUGAAACAAAAAGGAACCCGCGCCGCCGCACGCACACUUCCCCCGCUCCGCGCGCAGGCCGGGGGACAUCCUCACAUCCAUCCUUUCUCCGCGGGUUUCUGACGCGUGCUGCAGCAGGACGAAUCCUUUGGGUUUUAGGGGAUCGGCUGCAUGCAUGCAUGCACUAGUGCGUCCUAAGUACGCGGCCGAGCGAUUGGCUCGGGUUUUUGCUACUACGAUACAAUACACGUAGUACCAUGAUCCAAGGCUAGAACUGUAGAGCCAUGCUGCAACGACUACUGACGGAGAGCCAUGGCCGACUCUGGCCAUGGACCAAUGGCGUCUCUCCUCCACUUCUUUUGGGCCUCGUAUUUCGGCUGUAGUUCUUGCUCUCGUGGAAUGAAAGACGUACGGAUUAUCCUACCAGACUAGUCAUGUAUUUCAGACUCUGAAUGUAUACCUACAGGCUACCUGUUAUUUAUCAUUAGAUUAUUACUGGGUGCUGCAUAUAUUUUGCCUUUAGCUUGUCACUGAGGCGGCAGCACAAACUGUAAAAGAUGCAGGACAAAAACCUUGUGAAAUACACGAACCGAUGAGUCGGUUCGGAGGGCUAGUGAAUAUAUAUGAAGUGGAUUUAGACAGUCAUAACGAUGAUGCAAUGUAAUACUGGGGAUAUAUAAACAGCGGUGGCACUACAACUUCAAAAA